AAUAAAUGUAUGAAACACUGGGUCUGACUGCCGCAGCUAGGUAAACAGCAAGUUUAGUUUCCAGGAAAUAGAAACCGAAAGUAUACAGGGGGAUCAGGUAUUCUGCUUUUUCAUGAAGUUGGCUGUAGUCGCCUCUUGUGUGUUAUUGGGGACCUGGAUUUUCCAAACAAGUGCAACCUGGAAGCCUGUGUCUGAUGUUCAAGAAUGCCUGGGCCUGACAUUCGUAUUAUCUCCGGAAAUAUCGCUUUGACGAAGGCAGAUGUGAUCGUGAGCACAACUCACCCAUGUCUAGACCUUCGUAAAGGAAUUAUGUCCCGCGUCGUGCUGCAGCAUGCAGGUGACUCAAUACAGAAGGAACUGCAGACAUACCUGGUGGCAUACGGCCGUCCUCAGCUGGGACAGGUGGUGUACACUUCGGGUGGGAAACUGUCCUGUCAGCAUCUGUACCACCUGAGUCUUCCCACGUGGCAAGAUGAUAAGGGUCAGGUCUUGCAGCGUGCGAUAGAGAAAUGUUUGGAUCUGGCAGGGAACCAGAACGCGAACAGCAUAGCCUUCCCUACUCUUGGGGUGGGUUUCCUGGGAUACCCUCCUGAUGUUUCUGCCUCCAUUUUAUUUACAACAAUUAACUCCUGGUGCCUAAAGAACAACGCCGCCUGUCUGAAAGAAGUGCUGCUUGUUGUCUUUUCUCCAGACACCGUAUCACUGAACGUCUUUAACUCUGAGGCAACGAGAUUUCUCCAGCAACAGCAAGGUUGGAAAUGUGGGGCACUUGGUUGUAUAACACUUGGAUCAGCAGCACCUGCAGGCCAGUUUCAAGCUCAGAGUGUGAAUCCCCUUCAGAACCCGGCGACAGUUGGACAAGGAAGGACAGGAGCACUGGGUCUUCUAGCAUAUCGGCCACCCCAGUUUCAAGCUCCGCUUGUAUUUCAAGCUGCAAACCCAGUUACAGUUGGACUCGCAGUGGCAGGCCACCAGCAAGCAGGACAGUUAGGACGUUCAUCUCCACCCCAGGGCAGACAGCUCCAACACAAAUCGCGCCCGACGAUCAGAAUCAUCUCUGGAGAAAUCGCAAAAGCAUCUGUAGAUGUCAUCGUUAGCACAGUUCCCCCAGGUCUGAACAUGCUGAAAGGUGUCAUGUCGAGGAGUGUGUUACAACUUGGAGGUAACUCGAUACAGCAAGAACUGCAGGCAUACCUCAUGACACAUGGGUGUGCUCAGAUGGGCAAGGUGGUGUGCACCUCGGGUGGACAGCUGCAGUGUCAGUAUGUGUACCACCUGAGUCUUCCCGAAUGGCAAUCUGACAACGGCCAGACACUAAAAUCUGCUGUAAAGGAAUGUCUGGACACGGCGAAACAGCAUGCCGCAAAAAGCAUUGCGUUCCCCACCCUGGGUGCAGGCUUCCUGGGGUACCCACUCCAUCGAGUGGCCACGAUUUUGCUGAACUCCAUAUACUCGUGGGUCGACAGACACCGUGGCUGUCGCCUGCAAGAAGUUCAGAUCAUAGUCUUCACCAAGGACACGGCCGGCCUGCAGGUCUUCACGGCGGUACAGGACAGUAUUAAUGACAGCAAGGGACUAACAAGGACAGGAAGUGGUCGCCAGAGUUCGAAGCAGAAGCAAAGUUCGAGCCCCCAAGCCCCACAAGCUACGAGUGGCAAUGCGACAGUUGUUUCCCAGCCAAGUCACUGGGAGCCAAUGAACGGAGACAAUGUCAAGUUGGUCGACUUGGAUCCCUCCUCUACCGAAUAUCAGCAAGUUGUGGGUCUCUCUAGAGGAAUGGCUGUGGAGAGUAUUCAGCGCGUGCAGAACCCAACCCUGUACCAGCAGUACAGAGCGAAGAAGAGAGAUAUGAAAAUGAACAACUCAUCCAACACAGCCAACGAGCAGCAACUGUGGCACGGCACCAACGCCGCAAACAUCAGUAGCAUCAUCACUAACGGCUUCAACCGUGGCUACUGCGGACAGAACGGCACGAAGUUCGGACACGGAGUGUACUUCGCGACUAACGCGGAUUUCAGCAACAGUUACACACUCAGCGGUACUAUAUUCCUGGCUCUGGUGCUGGUAGGGGAAUCUACCCCGGGUAACUCGCAGAUGAGAGUCCCACCCAAGAAGCCAGGCUCGGACAGGCUGUACGACUCAGUGACCGGACCAGACAUGGUGGUCAUCUUCCAUGACGCCCAGGCCUACCCACAAUACCUGGUGACCCUGCAAACCCAGAGGUCUUGGACUAAUCACGUGGUCCAAAUGCCAGCAGCAGUGCCCAUCAACCUGCCAUCCAGUCCUAGCAGGGGGAAUCCUUCAUGGAAUCCUGGAAAUUCUAACAGUGGGAGCUUUGAUAGUGGCGAUUCUGAUUAUGGAGAUAAUGAUGGUUGUGAUUCUGAUGACGGAAAUUUCGGCUGAAGAAGUUUGGAGGGACAUGGUGAUUUUGAUGCAUAUCACUAUGAAUCUGUUGACAAUGAACAUUCAAGUGCAAAAUAUUUGGUUCUUUAGUUUUGUUCCAAACUAAACAACCGACACUGGCUUUAGUAUGGAGACACUUUGUAUCAGCAAACACUGGACAUUAAGAACAUUUAUGAUGCCACAACAUUGGUUUUUGAUUCUGCCUAACGUGUAGUGCAAUGAUUUCUGUAAUUAGUGUACUGUAACUCAUAUACUUAUACAGUUUACAAUCUCAAACACCUGGUAGAGAAGAAUAUCAAAUAUAGCAUGUUAUUUAUUUUACUGUAAAUACUUAGUUGUUGGUCUAAAAUAACCCUUGGCGCUGAAGUUUGUCAAAUAUCUGCCUUAGAAAUUGUUAAAACAGUUACUGUUACUGUGCUGGUGGAUUAAAUCUUUUUCUCAGAAGA